CGUUGACCUUUGGAUUCGAACCGGAAGUUGCGUCACAUAUUCCAAGGGCAGUAAGCCGCGGCCUUGCAAAGCCACUGGACUGAAACUGUGUCGUCUGCAAGGCCUGCUAAACUGUCUGCCUCUCCGAUUUUCCUCCGUUUUCGAGAAGAAGCCACCAGUCAACAUGACGUCCACAGAUGCACAGGAGUACGCCAACAGAAGCAAGCUAUGGGAGAAGUCCAUGAAAGAACCUAUGGUCCCUAUUGGCUUGGCAGGCACUCUGGCGGCAGUAAUGUACGGUGCAGUCAACUACCGGAAGUACCGGCGAGCGGGGAUGUCCACGUCCGUGUUCCUGAUGCAGUUCCGAGUGAUCGCCCAGUCCAUGGUGGUGGGCUGUAUGACGCUAGGCGUCGGGUACACACUAGUCUCAGACUACGUCCUCAAGCACCGACAACCAGCAAAAUCCAGCGACGGUUAUGAGUCGUCAACCUAUCCCUACCCUUGGUGGAUCGGACCGUGACUUCAGAACACUCUAACAUCUCAUGACUUCUGCAAACUCCAGCCUACAUAUUGGAUUCUAUGAAGCUUGUUUAAACUGAAGUUGGAUUUACCCAGAUUUUUGACUCCGCAACUCCAAUCUUCGUCAAGUAAUGAGUCCUUGACGAAGACUAGAGAAUGAUGCACCUUUGAGUUUGAAAGUUUGGGUAAUUAAUAAGUCCAAUUGCUUGAGUUGGAUAUUACAGUUCAAACAUAUUGACUUCUACAGGCACAGAACUCUCAAGAUGAAAUCGAAUUCAGACUAGUAUAUUGUAUACAGUGGACUCCAGAUCAAAGUUUAAGCUUGAAUCAUUUCUUCAAUCAUUAUUGCAGUCAGAAAUCCAGAGAGAAAUUUUGCUGCUUUAGUUCUACUUGUAGUUUGAGCCACGAGAAUAACUUAGCAAAUUAUUGAGUGUACUUAGAUUAUGUAAUAUUCAAAUUACUGUUAUUAUACGCAGUCUCUGCAUUUAUUACAAGGAAGACAGCAAACCUAAAUUUAUAUAUCAUAAUAUAAUAAUUUAAAGAUCUUGUGAGCUGAUUUUUUGUUGCAUUUCUGAGAUCAAGUCUGUGUAAGGUAUACAUAGUUUGUUGCAGUUAAACUGCUUGCAUAGUGUAUUUUGAAUUCCCUUUAGUUUACCAGUUACGUUUAAGGUGUAGAAAUUGCUUUCUCAACUAUCAAAUGAAUGAAAAAAUGUUUCUGUGCAGUACAUGUGUAAAUAUUAUGAUUCAAGUUUGCUUUCAAAUCUUUAAAUAUGCCUAAUGUGAUGCACGUUUUUGUUGCUUAAGCAUUUUCUCCAGCUUUAUUCUGCUACAUGUAGUUUGCUAUAGGAACAUGCAGCUCCCUUGAAUAAAUGGAGCUGAAAUAUAUGCAUUGACAAAGA